AUGGUGUCAGCUCAGACUAACCCGGCCGCUGCCCCCUCUUCGCCUUCUUGGCCUCUCGAUGACUCCUCUGGGGCGUCGCCGCCUACCCUGUCGGCAGAAUCUCACCCUGACGGAGAACGGCCGCUUGAAGAGGCAACAUGGAGCGAGGAGGGGUGGCUCGAGACGGCUGCCAAGCAGCCUCUCUUUCUUUUGCUAAAGGACGGGGAAAGCAAGUCGCACCGACAAAUGGCUCUUAAGAUGACACUCCGCCACCUGGACAGUUUAAUCGAGACAACGGCGGGCUACGAGGGUGGCCGGUCGAGUCGGUUGCAAAGGGCCCACGGUCACAGAUCUUUCACGUCCCUUCUUUUGCGGAACUCGAGGCGAGAAAAAGAGAGCGACAGUGAAGACGACGCUCUUCGGCUACAAGGAGAGGGCGGCAGAGGAAGCGAGGGUACGGUUCCCGAGGCGUCUGCCAGCGAUGCUGACGAAGCAGAGUACGGACAGGCUUGCGGGAGCGCCGUGUCUGUACAGCAGGUUUGGGCACUCGUGGAUGCGGAAGGGAAACGCCUGCUGAGGAAAUUGAGGAGAAAAGUGAACGACUUGCACACGGCAGAAAUGACAAGCCGUCGGGGUUUGAAGAGAAGCAGGAAAGAGAGGAACAAGCAAGGCCGCGGCGAGACAGAGGCAACAGCUGAUGCACCGGGGUUUUUCCAAGAUGCCACAGAAGGCAGAGAGUGGAAGGAACGGUUCCUUUGGCUGCUACCAGAGUACGAAGAAAACUCAGAGCAAGAGACCGACUUCGUUUCACAAGAAGAGGACGACGGGGAAGAAGAGGACGACGGGGAAGAAGAGGACGACGAACUGGACGAGGAGGAAGGCGACUUGGGCGAGAGUGAGGGCAACCGGGUAAAACGGUCAAGGGUGGACCCUGAAAUUGGACAAGAUGCGUCCUCGGAUUCAGACUCAGAAGGCACCGCAGCAGGCGUCACUUCAGACGGGGAAGGGGAGAAGAAAGAGGACGAUGAUCCGUUCUUUUCCAUGGAAGAUAUGCAGCGGUUUGUUCUUCAAGAAGAAGAGAGGGAACUCAGAAGGCAGGAUGCGGAGAAGAAAAGGUUGCUUGAUCCGUCAGGAGAAACCGACGAGGAAGAAGACUCUGACGUUGAAGACCUUUAUCUGGAGGGAACGGGAGAAGAUGACGAGGAAGUACGAAAUUUGAAGUUUUCAGAUUUCUUUGAUGAUCCUGUGUCUGGUCACCACGAAGAGGUGGACAAUGUCUUGUCUGAAAAGAAAAAAGGAAAGAAGCGCCUGGACGAAGAGAACUCUCAAGAAUAUGACUCAGCCGACGAAGAGAAGGGCUUCACCUUUGAGGAGGGUGAAAUGGACGAAGAAGAAAGACACCUCCAGCGUGAACUAGAUCGCUUGGAGCGCCGUCUGCGGGAAGAUGCACAUGAGAAACAACGUCAACGGAAGGGACGGGCCACCCAAGACAGUAGUGAUAUUGAAAGGGAUGAUAGCGAUGAUGCGUCUAGCUCGUUAGCUGACAGCGAUGAGGAGGAAAGUAGCCAGCAAGAUGGUAAGAGUCUGCGUAACGCUUCACUUCGUGAAGUUAUGGCCCAGUCUGCAUCUCUGCAAAGUGAUAUUGACAAGUUAGAGCAGGAACUUGUUUCAAAGAAGGCGUGGAACCUCCAGGGAGAGGCGUGGGCGAAACAGCGCCCUCGAAACGCCCUUCUUGAUGUCGGUCCUCUUGAUCUGCCUCUCUUGGGUGCCGCCGUGAAAGACGAUAAAGCAUUGGAACAGGCUGAUGGCCUGGGAAAGCUCGGCGAAGACGAAGAUGAUGAACAGGGAGGAGCACAGAAGAUUAGCAAGCUCAGUGAGUAUAUUGAGAAAAUUGUAAGACAUCGCAUCGAAGAAAACAUGUUCGAUGAUGUCAUUCGACGCACAGUUGUGCCACCGAACAAAGCAACGAAUAACCAGAAAGACGAUCCGGCAGCGGAACUCGACAUGGAGCAAAGCAAAGUCGGGCUUGGGGAUCUGUAUGCUAUGGAAUACGAACAGCAAGUCCUUGGAGGAGCGGCAGGUGGAAGUGGAAAAAUGUCAGCUGAAGAGAAGCAAAAGGCUGAACUUCUGGAAAUGUUUGGAUCACUGAUGUAUAAACUAGAUUGUCUGAGCAAUAUGAGCUUCCGGCCAGCUCCACCUGCCGUAGCGGAGAAAGCCAAGCUGGGAGGUGGGGAUGGCAUUGCGGCUUUACAGGUGGAAGAGGCUGUGCCUGUCCUCCUUAGCGGCGCGAUGAGGAAGGCGCCGGAGGAACUCAGGAAGACGUCAAAGGAGAAGGAGAAGGACGAGAUGACGCAGGCGGAGCGCAAGGCCGAAAGACGGAAUAAGAAGGAGCGACGUCGAAAGCGUGUGCUAGGACAAGUCAGACGAGGAGAGUUGACAAAAGAAGGGCUCAAGGAGAGGGAAACCAAGUUGGCGGCGAAGAACAAAGAGCAGAAGGUGAAUAGACUGAACAAGAAACAAACUGGACUGACUCAGCAGGAAGCGCUCGCGGAAUUGAGAAAGAAUCAGAGACGAGUGAAGGUUCAAGAACUUCUGAGUGACGCCAUGAAAGCGGUGCGGAAGGAACGCCGCCAGAAGACAACUGCCUAG